UUCUGCUUUUGGUGGGGGUUUAGCAUGUAGAGUCUUCACAAUGCAGAAUGGAAUUUUACAAGAAAAUUGUAUAAAAUGAGGUGUAGAAGAAGAAGAAAUCAGAGAUAAGGGUGUGUGAAGAUGAGCCGAAUAAUAGUGAGCAGCAACACAUGAGCUCUCUGUAUGCGAAGCUUCACUACCACCCAUAUAAGGGUUUGGAGUAAUGCUACUGUUUUCCACAACAGAUUUACACAUACAUUUCUGAAGGGAAACACUGAUAAAGUUAGUCACAGCUUAGAAGCAAGGGAAAACCUGCAACUGGAAGAUGUCAAUCUGGUGGAAAACUCUAAUAAUGAGUUUAAGAAGGCAUCAAAAGGUGGUACCAUGAGACAAACCCAAAGGUUUUCAACUGCUGCUGUUAUGAGUGUGAAACCUCCAGACCCUCCAGGCCCAAAUACAGGUGUAAGAAGAUUUCGGUAUACCAGAGGAGCAUAAAGCAAUGGGAAAAGUAUGGUAAAUUUAUGCAUAGAUUAGGGCUAGUGAAAAUGUUUUGUUUGAAGCGCCCUGGUGUUGGGACACAGAAAUAAAAGUUGUACUAGUGGCCUGCUUUAUUUGUAUGAGAUGUUUUCUAAUGUAUCAGACAAAGAUACUGCUAUGAUAAUAUAGCUACAAUAUGGUUUGAAGUCUAAUAUAGUGAUUGUCAUUCAUUAAAAGUUGAAGGCUUGCGGAAAAGGAUUCCACUUUUUAAGGAAGUGGAUAUGCCUAUAUGAUAAAAUGAAAUAUGAGUACCUAGCAUUAUAUAUUU